UGUGUUUCUCCAAGCACCAAUGAUUUUAGGCCUUAUGGUGCUACUUCUCUGUCAUUACUUGUAGACCAACCCCUGUAGAAUGUUCGAGAGGGAGCGAGAUAGAGUGGCGGAAGUCAUGUCGCUGUUAGAGCUGCACUGAUACGUCGAGCAGAGUCAUGUGUAGCAGAGUAUCUGGUGCUGGUGCUCGGCCUGACCGACUAGAUGGAAUAAGUGAAAGACGUAGCGCAGUGUUCAUCGGAAUCGCCGUGGAGCUGCCCAGACUCGCUAUCGCUAUGGCUUUGGCUUUAGUUCACAUCUGUGUGCACUCAUAGUAUAGAAAAAAAAACAAAACCAAAAAAAUGAUUUAAUCUAAAAUUCAUCUGUCGGCACUCUAAAUUUCGGUACUCACGCGACUUAAUAACUAACUUAAAAAUUAUGUAUAUGUAUGCAUAUAUACGUAUUUUACGUAUGUAUACAUGUGUAUAUAGAGACUAAACUAAACUUGUUCUUUAAAAACUAUCGUGUACUAAAUAAACAAAGCUAAAGAAACGAAAAAAGGAAAAUAAAAACAACACAACCUAAACUAAAACAUGAGACUUAACUAAACUAGCAACUUUAAAUGAGAUAAAGAUUUAAAACGAAACGUUAUUAAACAAUUUUUAGCGCUGGCUCCAAGAAUUUUUCUGCUCUUCAAACCGAUAUGCAGCAUUGUUAUUUCUACUGCCGACCAAGAGCUCUGACUCUGGUAGUUUUUCUGCAAAUCUGCCUUUUUCUCCCACAUGGUUCUUGGGCAGGAUAUUUCGAAAAAAAGCUUCUGCAUAAACUACUAGAUACCUACAACGUGCUAGAACGCCCAGUUGCUAACGAGACUGAUCCGCUCCAACUGAGUUUUGGGAUAACCUUAAUGCAAAUAAUAGACGUGGAUGAAAAGAACCAACUUCUGAUCACAAAUAUCUGGUUAAAACUGGAAUGGAAUGACGUAAACCUUAGAUGGAAUUCUUCUGAAUUUGGUGGGGUGAAAGAUCUUCGUAUACCACCACAUCGACUUUGGAAGCCUGAUGUUCUUAUGUACAACAGUGCCGACGAGGGUUUCGAUGGAACUUAUCCAACUAAUGUAGUAGUUCGAAAUAACGGCAGUUGCUUUUACCUGCCUCCAGGAAUAUUCAAAAGUACAUGUAAAAUCGAUAUUACAUGGUUCCCUUUCGACGAUCAGAGAUGCGAAAUGAAAUUUGGCAGUUGGACCUACGACGGCUUACAAUUGGACUUGCAGCUGCAAGAUGAUGGUGGAGGUGAUAUAAGUAAUUUCAUCACUAAUGGAGAGUGGGACCUUCUUGGUGUUCCAGGUAAAAGAAACGAAUUGUAUUACAACUGUUGCCCUGAGCCCUACAUCGACAUCACUUUCGUUAUUAUAAUACGCCGUAGGACCCUUUACUAUUUUUUUAAUCUGAUAGUGCCCUGUGUUUUGAUCGCAUCGAUGGCCGUCUUGGGAUUUACCCUGCCGCCCGAUUCCGGGGAAAAAUUGUCGCUGGGAGUCACCAUUCUGUUGUCUCUCACCGUUUUCCUCAAUAUGGUGGCAGAGACCAUGCCAGCCACCUCGGAGGCUGUUCCCCUCCUCGGAACGUAUUUCAACUGUAUCAUGUUCAUGGUAGCCUCAUCGGUCGUAUCCACCAUUCUUAUUUUGAAUUAUCACCACAGAAAUGCAGAUACGCAUAUUAUGUCACCGUGGGUAAGACUGGUUUUCCUAACAUGGUUGCCCAAGAUCUUGCUGAUGCACAGACCGGGACAGAACAAUGGAGGGGGUGGCAGCGCCUACUCCAGCCCACCUCGACCCUCCUCAGUGCAAGCUGAUAGAAAGACAAUAAAUUUUCCCGAUGUGGAAAUGAAAGAACGCUCCUCGAAAAGCCUGCUCGCCAACGUGCUGGACAUCGAUGACGACUUUCGGCACAACUACAGGGGCGGAGGAACGCCUACGCCACUGCCUGCCACCUUUUUUAGGGCAGUUUAUAGGAAUAACGAAGAGAGCAACAAUGGUGGUGGCCCCAGACUACAAGAACAAGGCAUCGUAUCAAGUCAUACGUGCAUCAGUGCAGACUAUGAACUAGCCAUGAUCCUAAAAGAAAUCCGAUUUAUAACUGAUCAAAUGCGCAAAGAAGACGAGGCUCACAGCAUAACGAGAGAUUGGCAGUUCGCUGCCAUGGUAGUCGAUAGACUGUGCCUUAUAAUAUUCACUUUAUUUACGAUUAUCGCAACAUUAGCGGUGUUAUUUUCUGCACCCCAUAUCAUCGUGUCGUAGCUGCCGUAGCUACCCGUCCUGCAGAGAACUUUAUCGAAAAUCAGUCUACUUGUGUGCGUACUAUCAAUGGAGCAAGUUGAAUCGGUAUUCCCGUAAGUAGUAGCAAAUCUAUAAAACAGAUCAAGCUUUAAUCUCCGUUAUACCUUUCCAAUCCUGUAUCACCUUCUAGGUAUUCUACAGAAUCAGGGGUCUUAAAAUGUAAACCCUCCAGAAAGAGCUAUACACAAGGUGUCCCGAUAUUCCGUGGACAUAGAACUAACACGUAUUUUUGUAAUCAAAAUAAGUUCAUUAGAUCACAGUUUACCUCUAUACAAAAAGUGCGGUAUCAAUCAAAAAUAAACUCGAACGUUAAUUAAUUUAAAAAUUUUCUAAAGCUUAUUAUCAAAUAUGAUUUGUGAUACUAACAUAAAAUUCCAUAUUUUCGCCAUUUUUAUAAAACAUAUUUUUGUAAGUCAGCUUCUGACCAAACAUUUUCUUUCCUUAAAAAAUAUGUGCGGUGGCGUUUUUUUUAGAAGAGACAAAAAUGUACGGAAAAAAAAACGAUCGUCGGUGGAGUUGAGGUGAAAGUCAAAUGUUUAAGCACUUAGCAAAACAUUGGCCCCAAAUCUCAUUGAAAUCGGAAUAACGGU